ACAAAACUCAGUGAAGUGCCGUAAACAAUUCUAACCACGUGAGACAGGAAAAAAACAACAGAAUCUUCCUCUGGAACUUUGUAGCCCAACCCGCUUAGGAUGAACCUGGUGUCCGACCGCUUGGGUCCGGGUUUUGAACCCGGUUCCUUCUAUGUGCUGGACGGUGGGAUGGCGUCUUGUCUGGCCAAUCACUUACCCGAACGCUCCGUGGACCAAGAUCCAUUAUGGGGAGCGGGAGCCACUCACACUCAACCCGAUGCUGUGAGGGCGGUUCAUGAAGAGUUUCUCAACGCGGGGGCUCAGAUCAUUACCACUAACACUUACCAAUGCUCGCUAGCUAUGUUUAAGAGCCAUUUGUCACUGGAUCAUCCCCAUGUAGAUGCGCCGAAAUUAUUUAAGCAGGCCGUUGAUUUGGCUCGAAAGGCUAUUGAAAAUGUGAAAGGACAGGCGUUUGGAUCGGCGCUAGUGGCCGGAUCUGUGGGUCCUUAUGGCGCUUGUCUUGGUGAUGGGUCAGAAUAUACCGGUGCUUAUCUGGACCACGUGUCCUCGGAGGAAUUGGAGGCGUUUCAUUUCGACCGAAUUCAAGGCUUAGCUCAAGCUGGGGUCGAUAUUAUGGCCGUGGAGUCGCAACCUUCGGUGGUCGAAGCUUUAGCCAUCUUGAAUGUGUUUGAAAAAUUUCCCGGCGUCAAGUGUUGGAUCAGUUUUCAAUGCCGAAAUGAAACAGAAACUGCGCGAGGUGAACCCUUUGAGAAAGUGGUUCAAGCUCUCUUGAGCCACCCGGCCUCCCGUUUCAAGCUCAAAGCUAUUGGGGUGAAUUGUACCCGACCUGAGUUUAUUAGCCCUUUGCUCACUGUCGCUAAUAAGGUCAACUUGGGUGGCUCGAAAGUGCCUUACAUCGUAUACCCGAAUAGUGGCGAAAAUUGGGACGGCGUCAACAAAUGUUGGAGUGGGGACCAAAUGGAGGAUUAUAUUUUGACUCACAUUGAAGAAUGGAUGCGAUUGGGAGCAUGCGUCAUUGGUGGUUGUUGCCGUAUUCAACCGAAAACCAUAGGCAAGAUCAAGGCCCAAGUGGUUGAAAAUAUCUUUCAUGUGAUGGGACAAUCUACCAGGCUAGAAGCUCGCGAACCCACUUGGGCUUCAAUAGAGGCAUCAUUCAAAGUUCUUGAGACGUCCAAGACUGGCAAGGAAAAAAAACGCAUAGCCAAAGCCAAAACUGCAGAUCCGAUAUUUCCUUUUCCAUUGAUUCCGGGGGUCAAUGACCCAACAUCACUGGAUCGUGUUCAUCAAGAUAUCCUUCAACGGUUUAAACAGAGCUCAUAACCCAACCCACUGAAAUAUACCCAACCUUGUAUAUUCCUCGUUCAUGUGAAAGAACCCUCAAAAAGUUGCAUUUCCCUUACAGAA